ACGAACAGGCGACGCAUAAAACGAUUAGUACUGAUAAGCGCCUUAUCUAUUUUUAACUAUUCUUAUUAUUAUUGCUAUAAAUAUUCGCCGUUAUCUUGUAUGACAUGUAUUAAUGCGCAACACGAUACAACACAACUUGAUAAAUUUCGUGUUCGUGCACGACUUACAGUUCCAAAAUGUCAAAUGGAACCAAUUAUUUGUGAUCGUGAUCAAGAUGUUUGCGUGACGAUUACUAUGCAUAUUGGAGUAGAUCAUUAUUGGAUUGGUUCGGGUUGUGAUAAACAUGAAAAUUUUCAACAUAUCGCAUGCGAAAAUGUUCAUACAUUAACGAGAAAUGUUCAAAUUGGUAUUGUACAAGAACGACGAGCAUUACAACGGGUUUGCGUAUGCACUACGAAUUUAUGUAAUCAUAUUGCUAUAAAUCAAUCAUCAAUACUACUUAUUUUUAUUUGUGCCUUAAUAUUUUUUGUAUAUUACAAUUCAGCUAGUUAA